GCAUCCGCCCGCCCCAUCCUCCCUCCCUCGCGCAGCAGCCAAACCCUCCCUCCCUCCCCUUCGCCGCCGCCGAUGGCCGCCGCGGCGGAGAAGACGGCCGAGGAGAUCCGCCGCGAGCUCCAAGAGCUGCAGCGCCAGCACCGCGAGAUCAGCGAGCGCCUGCGCGACCCCCGAGGCCUCCGACGCGGCGCCCCCGCCACCGGCCCCGGCCCCGGCCCCGGAGGCCCCCGCCCGCUCCGCGGCUUCGCCAGACCCGCCCCGGAGCCGGUGGACCAGCCCGAGCCCAAGCGCCGGCUUCUUUCUGCCGUGGUUAAAGUGGAUGGCCCUGGAACUAAUGGGGAUGAUGCGGCGGCGGAGGGGCGUGAGGAUGGACCAAAUGCUGCUCAAGGUGGUGAGAGGAGGGCAGCCAGUAAUGGUGGGUUCAGGAGGGAUGGGAGCCAGUGGGUAUCCAGGAGGGAGCUUGAUAAUCAGCUGCCAGAGCCUCUCCCGAGGCCGGCUCCCAAGGAAGAGGAUCAGAGCUUGGUGAGGAGGAACAAGAGAAUGCUGGGGAAGCUUCUUGUUGGCACGCUAGAGAAAUUUCAGCAGGAGAACAAAAAACUUUCCAACUCAGAGGCUUUUAUGCGUAGAUCAGAGGCUCAGCAGAAGGCUGAUCAAAAGGCUCGUGAGGACAGUGAAAGAUUGCGGCAGCAAGAACGGGAGCAAGCAGCUGAGAAGCGUAGGCGUGAUAUGACGCUCCGUGCUCGAGUAGCUGCUAAGGCAGAAGAAAAGAGGUUGGAGCUAUUGUACAUUCAGUGGUCUGAGCAUCACAAAAAGCUGUCCAGUUUCUUAAGGACAAAAGCUGAACCAGCUAUUUAUUACAUGCCGGCUAAACCAAUAGUUGAUGAUCCGGUUAUUGUUGAGCAAAACAAGGAAAAGGUAUUUGAAGAAUGGAAAUCUGUACGCAGAACGGAGCUGACCCAGUUCCAAAAGCAAGUUGAGGAGCAGUAUCUGUCUAAUGUUGAGAGGCAGCUGGAAAGGAUUCAGAAUGCCCGGAAUGCUCGGAGGGGGAACGUGCCUGCUAACAUGCAGGAAAUGGACAAGGAGCUUGACACGCACAGAGCGGAGCAUGGCCCAAAGGCUCGGCGGAUCCCCGACGGUGGCAAUGACGAGGAUGAUGAUGUGGACGUGGACGACAUGGCCGCGGAAGACGACCUGAUGGAUGAAGUGCUCGGCGUCAAUGAGGCGAUCAACGAGGACCCAGGCAAGCCGUCUGAGGAGGCCACUGAUGUUGCGCCUGUACCCGAGCAGGCACAAUAGGCAAGGUUAUUUGCGAGGUAGGCACUCAGGCAUUACGAUUCUAUAUCGUUGUAGUUGCCCUCUUCUGCUGUGACUGUAUUGUUGUUGGGUUUUUGUCUUUGGGAAUGCUGUGAGCUGUGUUUGCUGUUGAGGCCAUAUACAUACUUUUCAUUAUUGUUAUUGUCAUUUGUACGUACUCCGCGUAA